AUGAAUCACCUCAAAAUUAAGCGGGGAAACUUCCUGUUCACGUCCGAGUCGGUGAAUGAGGGACACCCAGACAAAGUCUGCGACCAAAUUUCGGACGCCAUUUUAGAUGCCUGCCUGAGGGAAGACCCAGAGAGCAAAGUAGCCUGCGAAGUAUGCGCGAAGAAAAACUUCAUUUUUAUUCUUGGAGAAAUAACAACCAAAGCUAGAGUUGAUUAUGACAAGGUAGCGAGAGACGUUUUAAAGCACAUAGGAUAUGACGAUGAAAGCAAAGGACUAGACUACAAAACAGCAGACAUAAAAAUAUAUAUCGAUGAACAAUCCCCCGAUAUUGCUCAAUGUGUACACGAAAAUAAGAAGCCAGAAUUGAUAGGUGCUGGAGAUCAAGGAAUUAUGUUUGGCUAUGCAACUGAUGAAGCAGAAAAUUAUAUGCCAUUGACUCAUCACUACGCUACGUUAUUAGGAAAACGAUUAACAGAAGUGAGGAAGUUAGGUAUCCUUCCCUAUUUAGGACCAGAUGGAAAGACACAAAUAACAAUAGAGUAUAAGAAUAAAGGAAACUUUGGUGGACACAUGGAACCGUUACGUGUACAUACUAUUCUGAUUUCCACACAGCAUGCAGAAAAUGUAAAAUAUGAGCAAUUGAAGUCUGACCUGAUAGAGAAUGUAGUGAAAUAUGUCAUUCCUGAGAAGAUGCUCGAUGAGGAAACUCUAUACUAUUUGAACCCAUCAGGGAAAUUCGUACUUGGAGGACCAGCAGCAGAUGCAGGGUUAACUGGAAGGAAAAUUAUUUGUGAUACGUAUGGCGGUUGGGGUGCUCAUGGAGGCGGUGCCUUCUCUGGAAAGGACCCAUCCAAAGUGGAUCGCUCAGCUGCAUAUUACUUACGUUAUAUUGCAAAGUCCUUGGUUGCAAAUAAAUUCUGUAGGAGGGUCCUAGUACAGGCAUCCUACUCCAUUGGUAUUGCUAACCCUAUUUCGCUGAAUGUCAAUUCGUAUGGAACAGCCAGCACAGGAUACACUGACUACGACUUGGAGCAAAUUAUUUUACGCAACUUUGACUUGAGACCUGGAUUCAUCAUAGAGGAGUUAAAGUUAAAGGAACCCAUUUUUUCCAAUACGUCUGCCUAUGGUCACUUUGGAAGGAGUGAUAAUUCGUUCACCUGGGAGAAGAUAAAGGACCUCACCCAUGAGAAGAACGUGCUCAAAAAUUGA